CUUUUAAUUUGAAUGGUUAUAGUGUUGCUAUGAAUCUAUGGUAAACAACGAUUCAGUGUAAGGUUCUGUCAUAUUUUGUGCGCUCUAACAUUUUCUAGUUGAAUGAGCGUCGCACUGUCUUGGAUUACCUUUUGAUCAUGAAGUUGUUGUUUUUUUUUGUCUUUCUUUUCAAUUUAUCGAAAUGUUUUUGCAAGUUAUGAAAUGUGAAUUGAUUUUACUGCUUGUUUUUGAAACAGUUUUUGCUGUAGUAAAUGUAAAAAUAAACAAUUUUGAAUUAGAGUAUUCUGUGACCUACGAAAAUUGGUGUAAAUCUGACAAAGACAGAUUUCAGUUUAUUAUUGGUAUAUCUAUCGAACAAUGUGUGGCAGAGUGUGGUGCAAGGGUCCACUGCAGGUCUCUUAUCUAUAGAAAUCAAAUCAACGGUUGUGAGCUAUAUCUCACUUCAGAAACGGAGCAAUCAAAUCUAGGCGAGUGUGUACAUGUAAAAAAGGAUAACAUCAAAGUUAUAAAGAAGCCUUGUCAAGGACGUUGUAAGCAUGGGGAGGUAUGUGAAUCAAUUAGUUCCAAAAGUGGAAAGUGUAAAGUAAAAGAGUGUAUCAACACAACGGCCCCUGACAAUGGUAAAGUUCUUGGUAAUCAAAGGGAAGUUGGCAAUAAGAUUCGUUACAUAUGUAAUCCCGGAUACGAACUAAAAAAAGACGGCAUGGAACCUGUAGCUGAAUGUCUUUACAACGGGCAAUGGAGCCAUAUAACAGAAUGUGUAAAAACUAACUAUACUUGGGCUAUAUGGUCACCAUGGAGCACAUGUAGCGUAAAUUCUGAUUCGGGAACUCAAAAAAGAUCGAGAGAGUGUUCUAUUCGCAUAGGGAAAUCGUCUUGUGAUCAAUCGGAUGUGCAAAAUGAGGAGACACAAUCAUGUAAUGUGCGACCAUGCCCUACUAACUAUACUUUGGCCACGUGGUCACCAUGGAUCACAUGUAGCGUAAGUUGUAAUUCGGGAACUCAAACAAGAUCGAAAAAGUGUUCUUUUCGCAAAGAAGGCAAUGGGGAAUCGUCUUGUGAUCACUCGGAUGUGCAAAUUGAGGAGAAACAGUCAUGUUAUGUGCAACCAUGCCCUACGCACGGAAAGGCUUGCUCAAAUCAUACGGACUGUAAAGAAACAGAGGGUGUGUGCAUACAAGGGAAAUGUUUUUGUCAUCAGCUUUUUGCAUAUAACAACACAGUUAAAAACUGCACAAAAGUUUGCCAAACAAUGACAGACAAUUAUACUAAAUUCGAGAGAAAAAAGAUUAAUGAUUUUAACAGUGGUCCAAUUACGAUAUAUGGGAUCCUGGACGAAUGUAAAGCAGCCUGUACUGAAGACCCUAUCUGCUUAUCCUUCGAAAUAUGGCCAGAAAAAGAUAAUAAAGUAGGAUGUACCACAGGAGUAGUAACAUAUGAUAUGAUGAAAUCAGCUGAUCCCACACAGAUCAGAGAUGAUAAAAAUGCUGAUUUGUAUUCCAAAACAUGUUCCUGACUUUCACGUAUAGAUAAAG